CGUGUCUAAACCCAAACUCAAAUUCAUAUUCACAUUUCAAAUUAACUCUCUCUCUCUCUCUCUAUCUAAUCUAUUCUUGUUCCAAUCCAAAAACUUCAAACAUGGGUCCUAAUUACAACUUUGCCAUUGUUCUUUCUUUAGUACUAUUGUUUCUUGUUCAAGUACCCACACUCACUAUGGGAGAGCUUGUACAAGAACAACCUCUUGUACUAAAAUAUCAUAACGGCCAACUCCUAAAAGGACGGAUCGCCGUUAAUCUAAUCUGGUACGGAACCUUUACACCAAUCCAACGAUCAAUAAUCGUUGAUUUCAUUAACUCUGUAAGCACUUCCGGUGCUCCUCUUCCAUCAGCAGCUUCAUGGUGGAAAACUACAGAUAAAUACAAGACGGGAUCCUCUGCUUUGAUUGUAGGGAAACAGUUCCUACACCCGAGUUAUUCUCUCGGGAAGAAUCUAAAAGGAAAAGAUCUUAUUGCUUUAGCUACGAAGUUCAAUGAACUUUCUUCUAUUACCGUUGUGCUUACUUCUAAAGAUGUUAAUGUUGAAGGUUUUUGUAUGAGUCGUUGUGGGACCCAUGGCUCUGUCCGACGUGGCAGCGGUGGUGCACGGACACCUUAUAUAUGGGUUGGAAACGCGGAGACGCUUUGUCCUGGACAAUGCGCGUGGCCGUUUCAUCAACCUAUUUAUGGACCACAGUCGCCACCGCUUGUGGCGCCGAACGGUGACGUUGGUGUUGAUGGGAUCAUUAUAAACUUAGCUACGCUUUUGGCUGGUACCGUUACGAAUCCGUUUAAUAACGGGUAUUUUCAGGGACCGGCGACGGCGCCGCUUGAGGCUGUUACGGCUUGUACUGGUGUUUUUGGGAGUGGAGCUUAUCCAGGUUAUGCGGGUCGGGUUCUUGUUGAUGGAGCUUCUGGAGCUAGCUAUAAUGCGCAUGGUGCGAAUGGGAGGAAGUUCCUUUUACCUGCGAUGUGGGACCCGCAAACGUCGGCAUGCAAGACUCUCGUUUGAGGAGGGGACCGAAGAAUUGACACGUGGCGUGAUGUGGUGUAGAUAUAUAUGGUGGGUUUGAUAAAUACCGUGGCAGGUGAAUGAUGCUGUGGCUGGUUGGGGGAGUGUAUUUUUAUGCAGUUUUUGUCGUUUAGUGUGACGUGUAAAUUCUGUUUCUAAAUAUAAACUUGUUAUAAAAUUUGGAAAACGAGGGAAAAAAGAAGCAUAUCAUUAAUAUAAUGUUGUAUGUAUUAUUUUAUGUUCAAGUGACAUUUCUUUUCA